GUGUGUCCAAAAGUGCACGUCGAAUGAAAUGUAUAACUUAACAACUAGGGUUAACAAACAAGACCUUAUUAUCUGACAACUUUGAUGUGAAGAAUGUAGAAAUAAGGACACGGCAAGAAACUUGUGCUUAAGUAACAGUUUUUACUAUCCUGUUGUGGUUUAUAACGUGAAGAGAGAUGUUCAGCUCCUGCUGGUGUUCUAGUGGGAGGCAAAUCAUGCCGAAAAAAAUAUGUUAUCGUCACUCAACAAACGGUAUUCCUUUGAGUCACACGUUCAAGACCAAAGUCUUUAAAAGAGAUCGUUCCUGUGACUUUUGUAGACAAACCAUUAACAGGGAACAGGGAAGCUGCUGUAGAGUUUGCAAGUACACCUGCCACAAGGAAUGUGAAGUCAGGGUGAAGGAGGAGAAGAUUACACUCAAAGGGGGGAACGAAUUCUUCGAGAAGAUAACACAACAGUGUGAGACUGAAUGAUUGUUUCGGAUAUACGAGCAAAGCUACACAAGGGCUAUCUGCAUCGGUCGUCUCAGAUUUUUGAACUGAUAGAUGAGUGGGAAGGCAGUCAGUCAAGAACAGCUAACACCAACUAUUGCAUUACUCUAAUCGGAUAGCAGGAUUUGACUGUCAAUCCUUUAACGCAUCCACAGCUCCAGAGUGCGAGGUCGAUAUUUUUGCGUCAACAGAACAUGAACUAUGGAUUUUUGGACCCACAGUCUGAUACGUUAACCACUAGGCCACGCCCGGCUCCAACAGUGUGAAAACCGUAACUUUGUUUAAUGUGAAGCGAGCUUUUUAAAUAUUGUAAGUUGUGAAAGCUUGUUUAGAUGUUUUAUCUCGAGAAACAAGAUGUUUCAAACGCCAUAACACUAAACAAAAACAAAAUGCAAAAAAAAAAGUAUAGUGAUUUGGAUCUUUGACCUGUGUCAAUGGAAAAAGCACGUGUGGUAUGAUGUCCCAAUCAAAGGAAACUCAGAUACCUGUCUUGCAAAAAAGGUCAAGCUGUUACAAACCACAACACGAGAGCUAUACGACCUUUGAAAUAACUUGACCUAUAAAGCAUACAGACAUCCUAAGCUUUCUUUAUUAAGUAAAUGUGCUGGAGAGUAGAAAUUGUAUUGUAUGGCAAAAUAGAAAUAAUAGUGAUAUCAUAUUAAGUAAUAAAUGUUGAAAAAGGUAAAAUGUUGCUUUUUUUUCAUGUAGAAAAUUGUAUAUAGAAUUUAAGCAAU